AUGUCGAUGGUGGAUCAAGAAGCGGAUGACUUGAAAAUGGCGCUGAAACUCAGCAUGCAGGACCGCGAGUCGCCGGAGCUGAAGAAGGGCGAGUCGCGGGAGGGUUUCGUCGGAGCUGAAGGGGUGGCGCCGCCGGUGGAGGAGGAGUUGACGGAGGUGGAGAGCCGGCGGAGGCAGCGGGAGUUAAUGGCCGCGGCUGCGGAGAAGCGGAUGGCUGAGGUGAAGAGCGUCUGGAGUUCGAAGAAUGCAGAGAAUCAGGGUUUAGAGGGUGUUGUGGAAGGUGCUGAAAACAGCGGGAAGUCUGAGGUGGAGUUGUCCAUGGCGGAGGCCGAGAAGCUUUUCCAGAUAAUUUUUGGGGACAGGGUUUGCGAGAAUGUGCUCGGACAAUGGAGCAAUCAGGGCAUUAGGUUUAGCGAUGAUCCAGAAACAUCGAUGGGCUUGGUACAGCAUGAGGGAGGACCCUGUGGUGUAUUAGCAGCCAUACAGGGUUUUGUACUCAAAGACCUUCUAUAUUCUCUAGAGGAGUCUAAAAAUCCUGUGCCUAAUGAUCUAUCAAAUAUGGCUACGACAAAGUUGUCCAAGAAUGACUCUAUAGGAGCAGAUAUAUUCUCGUCUCUUUCGGAGGAAAAGAAGUCACGAGCCUUGGUGAGGAGUAUGAGUGAUGUACUCUUUCUAUGUGGAAGUAAUGAAGCAGCUGCUGUAGCAUGUUUGAAUAUUCCUUUGUCAGAAUUUUCGGAGGCUGCAAAUGGGCCAUCAGAUGAGGUCAUUUCGAAGGCACUCGAAGGUGUUUCUGUUGAAACUGGAUCCGACUUGCAGAAUAUUCUAAGAGUCUAUACAUGCACAUCUCGUUCAAGUUUGAUCCAAAAGCUUGAAGAAUUGCUUCCUGUUUUCAGAAGCCGCAUGGGAGCAUUGCUCUUUCUGAUAUCUGCAUUGUUGUCUCGAGGACUGGAUGCUGUUCGAGAGGACAUGGAUGACCCAACUCAACCUUUAGUCACAGCUCCUUUUGGGCAUGCUUCACAGGAAAUCGUGAACCUACUACUCUCCGGAAAAGCAGUCGCCAAUGUGUUUGACGGGAGUAUUGACUUGGGCGGGGGCAUGUUCGUAAAAGGCAUCUCGACCCCAGUCGAGGUCGGUUUUCUUACCCUACUCGAGUCCCUCAACUACUGCAAAGUUGGCCAAAACCUCAAAUGCCCAAAUCGCCCCAUAUGGGUUGUUGGGAGCGAAUCCCACUACACGGUCCUUUUCGCACCCGACUCCCGAGUCCAAGACGAGAACGAGCUCGAGCAACGUGAGUCCGAAAUUCGACGGGCCUUCGACUCCCAGGACCAGAGCGGAGGCGGUGGGUUCGUGAGCUCCGAGGGGUUCCGCCACAUCAUCAGCGGGAGGGGCAUCCGUUUCCCGCCCGAGAAAGUCGAGAGCCUUUGCAGUUCGGAUUUUGUGGUUUGGAGCGAUUUCUGGCAGGCUCUUCUGGAAUUGGACCGGAGUUUAGGCGGAAUGAAGGACGACUCGGCCGGGUCGACCGGGGAGAAGGUUUUCGAUCUCUACCAUUUUAACGGAAUUGCGAAAUCGGUCGUGGGUGGUGGUGGGAAUGAGGCGGGUCCCUUUCAGAGGCCCACACUGGUUAAAGUGAGGGUUUCGGUUCCUCCGAGGUGGGCCCCAGAGGAGCUUGUGGUGGCUGGGCCGCGUGGCCCGGAUGUUGAUGACUUGAACGUGAUAGACAACUCGAUCCGGUUGGCUAAGGGCCCGACUGCUGCUCCAGAGCCCGUUGCUCAGCAUGGGCCGUUGGUCGAUUGCAUUAGAACGCGUUGGCCGCGGGCCGUUUGUAGCUGGGAAGGAGAUGCGCCUAGUAUUGUGUGA